AUGGCAUUCACAAUUACCCUCGAGCCUAUUAUGGUACUUUUGGAACAUUUGAUGCCCCAAGUGAAGAAUCUAUGCACUACACAAUCGCUUACAUCGGAUGCACAAGUGCUUGAUUUCUUGCGUGGUAUCACACUUGUCGGUAUCUUGCCACAUCCACAGCCUAUUUUCAUUCGCAAGUUCCGAUGGGGCAGAAGCAUUGGUGAUUUGGUUCCGCAGCAUGUUAUGGGGUCAAGCCUAUGUGUCUUCAUCUCGGAUCUCCCUUGGAGUGGUACUCAGGUCAAAUUGUUCCAAAUCAAGCAACAGCUUACUGCCAACACGGCUGCUGCCAAUAGCAACAAUAAUGCUUCCAGUCCCAAUGCACACUCCACCACCUCCAAUGGAUGCAACAUCCCCUCAACCCACUGCCGCCACUACGCCACAACAACAACAAUAACAUCACCACAAGCAUUGCUACUCACACCAAAAAUCCAUUCCAAUGUGUACUUUACUACCACAUCUUUAUAUACAUAA